AUGCCGACUCUCGCCCCUACCAACUUCAAUAUUGUCGUCAGUGUGCUGGGAGGGUGGAUAUCAGUCUUCGGUCUGGUAUCUUACCUUCUCAAGGAGAAUUUCUAUCUUUCUGAAGCUCUCAUAUCACUCCUGGCUGGCGUCGUCUUCUCUCCCCACGCUGCCAACUUUGUCCGCCCGCUUGAAUAUGCAGGUUCGGAAGAAAACUUAAAUGCGAUUACGCUGUACUUCACCCGCCUUGUUCUCGGAGUCCAGCUCGUUCUAGCUGGCGUUCAACUACCUAGUCGCUACUUGAAGAAAGAAUGGAAACCGCUGGCUUUACUUCUGGGGCCGAUCAUGAUGGCGAUGUGGUUAAUAACAAGUCUACUCGUCUGGGGUCUAGUGCCAAACUUACCUUUCCUUCAUGCUCUCGCGAUUGGGGCUUGUGUGACGCCAACCGAUCCCGUGCUGUCUAAUGUUAUAGUGAAGGGGAGGUUUGCUGAUCAUAAUGUCCCCAAGGACCUCCAGAAGAUCAUCAUUGCGGAGUCUGGAGCAAAUGAUGGCCUUGGAUAUCCCUUCUUAUUCUUUGCCUUAUACCUCGUUAAGUACAUUGGCGACGGUGGCGUUAAUGAGCAAGGAGGUGCCGGCCUCGCCAUGGGCCUAUGGUUUGGAGAGACCUGGGGAUAUACUAUUCUUCUCAGCGUGGUAUACGGUGCGGUCGUUGGCUGGAUCGCCAAGGAGUUGCUUCAUUUCUGCGAAGAACGUAAAUUCGUGGAUCGCGAGAGCUUCCUCGUCUUUGCACUCUCGCUCGCGCUCUUCAUUACUGGUACUUGUGGUAUGAUCGGUAGUGAUGAUAUUCUAGCCUGCUUUAUUGCCGGGAACAUUUUUACUUGGGACGACUGGUUCCGCCUAGAAACACUCGAUGAGGGCAGCCCCCUGGUAUUAGCUGGACCUCUACUAACCAUUUUCUCUGUUUCUAGUUCUCUGCAACCUACUAUAGAUAUGCUUCUCAACGUGACUAUAUUCAUGUGGUAUGGCGCGGUAUGCCCGUGGCAUAGUUUCGUGGAUAAUAGCAUCAUUCCGAUUUACCGCCUGGUCCCACUCGGAAUCUUAAUACUGGUAUUUAGGCGUUUACCACUUGUCCUAGCAUUCUAUAAGAAAAUCCCCCAGAUAUACGGCUUUCAUCAGGCAAUCUUCAUGGGUUUCUUUGGGCCAAUUGGGUGCUCAGCUAUUUUCUAUCUAUACGUGACGUUAGAAUUCGUCGAUACAUUGAACCCUAACCAGGGAAGCGUGGCGAGGUGGGAUGUAGCUCAUCUUAAAGAGAGUGUGUCGGUAUUAGUCUGGUUCAUGGUAAUAUGCAGCGUUGUUGUUCAUGGGCUUAGUAUACCCCUGGGAAAGUUUGGAUUUUACCUCCCUCGAACUAUUUCAAGGACUUUUUCCUCAGCUGAGGACCUGCCUUUCCAAAUAGGUGCACGAAUAAAUCCACGGAGCCGUUCUAGGGACAGGACAGCGACUCAUACCCCUGCCGACUCUCGCUCCGUAUCUGUGCGACCCGUUUAUAGGGUUGGUGGUUCCAUCAUUACGGAGCACACGGGGACUGCGGCGGAUGCUGCUGAACUUGUUGAAUCCGGAGAUGAUCUUGAAGCGGGUUCGAAACCUCUGGAGCUAGCAUCGGGAUCGCCUCACAGCACACCGCCAUCUACCCUACCUGGCCGCACGAUCCGCUUCCCCGAUGAAGUAUCGUAA